CAGUUGUGAUAAUCAAAACAUAGACACGUGCACGGGAUCUUUAAGUUUCCCUGAUUUCCCUCAAUAAUUCCAAUAAUUUUUUAAAAUUGUAUUAUGAAUUUCAUAUCCAGUGUUUCAUGGGUAAAGCAGGGAGCUGCCAAAAGAAUUCCAGAUAAGGUGAAGCUGAAUGAUGAAGAGAUAAGAAAUAUUGUUCAAGCUACUGCGGCAGAUUUAGAAGACGAUGAAGAAGAGUCUGGUGAUGAAAAUAACGCAGCGGAGAUUGAUACUGCACCCCCAGGAGAUGAAUUCAACUUUGCAAACUACGACGGUGAAACCCUGCAAUCAAAUCCUUUAUCUCUUGGAGGGUUGGCAGUUGUUGAAACACCACGAGGAGGACCAGAGGUCGACGUUCAGUCAGAAGCUGAUAGCGAGGAGGAGGACUUUGAAAUCAAGCCUGAAGACAACCUGAUUAUUACUGGUCAUGUGGAAGAUGAAAGUGCCACCAUGGAAGUAUAUGUUUACAAUGAAGAUGAAGGCUACUUGUAUGUGCACCAUGACAUCAUCCUGCCAUCAGUGCCGCUUUGCUUCGAGUGGCUGAAUCAUGAGCCAGCUGGAGGUUUUGGAAAUCUUGUGGCAAUCGGCACAAUGUCCAAUGUAAUUGAUGUCUGGGACCUGGACAUUGUGGAUGGUCUGGAGCCGUCGUUCCGUCUUGGAAAGAAGGCGAGCAAAAAGAAAAAGACACCUAGUGUGGGACACAAGAAGUCGGUUCUCUGCAUGUCCUGGAACAAGCACAUGAGCCACAUUCUUGCGAGCGGCUCUGCGGACAAGAGCGUCAUUUUGUGGGACUUGGACAAUGGCACUCCGUCAACCGUGUACAACCCUUUUAAUGCGGAGGUGCAGACAAUGCAGUGGCACCACAAGCAAGCGCACGGACUCUUGACAGGAAGUUGUGACAAGACCGUGCGAUUGUUCGAUUGUCGGACAGACAGUUUAUUCAAUGAGUGGGAGCUGCCAGGGGAAGUCGAAAAAGUGGUUUGGAAUCACUUUGAGGAGUACAAUUUCCUUGCGAGCACUGACAAUGGCCAAGUUAACUACUAUGACGUCCGGAAUAAGGACCCGAUCUGGACCCUACAGGCGCAUACGAAGGAAGUAACAGGCCUCUCCCUCAGCUGCUCGUGUCCAGGACUGCUGGUCACUGGCUCAAUGACCGGAGAGCUCUUCAUUUGGGACAUGCUGGAGGGUGUGCCGCAGAAGGUGGAUGCAAAGGACACGCAAGUUGGAGCAAUUGUGACUCUUCAAAUGUCGCCAAAUUCGCCUUUCGUUGUCUGCGUUGGAGGCGACAACAGAGAAAAUAAUUUCACCGUCUGGCAAAUGGAAAACAGCCCCAAAGUGAGAGACAGGUUUUCAUCGAGAGGACUGAUCUCUGCAGAAUCAAUGGAAGCUGAAGAAUCCAUGGAAAAUGUUGACAUUACUGCGGCUACUACCUAGUUUUCUAAGUUUCGAUAAAAUAAAAUGCAUUUUUUUUUUUCGAAAAUUACACAA